AUGGGCAGGGUCGGUGGGAGGGCGCCCCUCCAGGGUCGGGGCGCCGGACCCCGCGCCCGCAACCCCCUGGUCGUCCAGGCCGCGGGCAACACCUUUGGUCACAGCUUCCGCGUGACCACUUUCGGCGAGAGUCAUGGCGGGGGCGUGGGCUGCGAGGCCAUUCAGUACGAGCUGGACCGGCGGCGCCCAGGCCAGAGCCGGAUCACCACCCCCCGCAAGGAGAGCGACACCGCGGAGAUCCUGUCGGGCCUGGCCGCCGACCGGCAGACCACGCUGGGCACGCCCAUCUGCGUGCUGGUGCGCAACGCGGACCAGCGCUCCGGGGACUAUGCGGAGAUGGAGGCGGCCUACCGCCCUAGCCACGCCGACGCCACCUACGACUUCAAGUACGGCAUCCGCGCCGUGGCAGGGGGCGGCCGGUCCUCUGCGCGCGAGACCAUCGGGCGUGUGGCAGCUGGGGCCAUCGCCAAGAAGCUGCUGCACGAGGUUGCCGGCACGGAGAUCCUGGCGUACGUCAGCCGCGUCAGGGAUGUGGAGGCGGUGGUGGACCAGGAGACCAUGACGCACGAGCAGAUAGAGAGCACGCCCGUGCGCUGCCCCGACCCCGAUAGCGCGGGGCGCAUGUAUGCCGCCAUCGAUGAGGUGCGGACGCGCGGCGAGUCGUGCGGCGGGGAGGUCACAUGCGUGGUCCGGCGCUGCCCCAAGGGCCUUGGCCAGCCGGUGUUCGGCAAGCUGGAGGCUGAGCUGGCGGCGGCGCUCAUGUCGCUCCCCGCCUCCAAGGGCUUUGAGAUCGGGAGCGGCUUCUCCGGCUCGCGCAUGCUGGGCUCCGAGCACAACGACGCCUUCUACAUGGCCCCCGACGGCUCCGUUCGCACGCGCACCAACCGCUCCGGCGGCGUGCAGGGCGGCAUCAGCAACGGCGAGGACGUGGUCCUGCGCCUGGCCUUCAAGCCCACGGCCACCAUCACCGCGCGCCAGGACACCGUGAACCGCAGCGGGGAGGACAUCCAGCUGGCGGCGCGGGGCCGGCACGACCCCUGCGUCGUCCCCCGCGCCGUGCCCAUGGUGGAGGCCAUGGUGGCCCUGGUCCUGGCCGACGCCCUGCUGCAGCACUACGGCCAGUGCGAGCUGCUGCCACGGAGCUCGGCGGCGGGGGCGGACGUACCCUCCCACACCCAAUUCUCGCAUGCCGGCUAG